AUGGCACAGAGAUUUACUCGUACUACAAUAACAUACGUCCUCCGGUCGGGCGAUGCUCAUAAGAUGAAGAAGGGAAACCUGACACCAAAGACCAUCACGGCCCCUCUAGCCGCCUUCACGAUGGCCUGUAUCCUCUUCGCAGACAUCCCCACGGCCCGAGCCAUGGACCCGGCAACGGUAGCCCGUCUUGAGGUUCCCAAUGCGUUGGAUCUUGUGAGCGUGGCGCCAAAACCACGCUGUGCUGAACGAACGCAGCGCGGCAGGUUCACCGGAUAG